AUGAACAUCAAGUCUACACUCUGGAUUCUGCUCUUUAUUUUCAUACAAAAGGGAUCUCUGCAGGAGGAUUAUGAAUAUGAUUAUAAAGAUCAGCCUCAGAACUGCUCCGUCACAGAGAGCAUCAAAGGUGGACAUGUCACCUACUCACAGGACGGUUUGCAGGGCAGUAUUUUGACGUAUCACUGUGGCCUGGCACAGUAUCCACACCCUGUUAGCUACAGAACCUGUGAAGCGGAUGGAGAGUGGUCACCCAUGAGACUACCGAGUGGCAGACUCGUGUCCAGGCCCACGUGCAAAGACGUGUUGUGUCCCGGUCAGCUCCAGUUAGACAAUGGUGACUUUUGGCCCAGGAAUCAGUGGUUCAGAGUUGGCACAUCGCAGAGCUUUUCCUGCCAGGAGGGGUUCACCUUGUACGGGUCAGAGCAAAGGAACUGCACUUUAUCCGGACACUGGACAGGAGCCACUCCAGUCUGUGCCGAUCAUGCUGAUGAUUGUGAUGACCCGGGGAUCCCGCCGGGUGCAGAAAGGUCAGCCAGUCGAUUUCAGACGGGAGAGAAAGUGACGUACAGGUGUCAGACUGGUCUGCAUCUUCUGGGGUCAUCUGAACGGGUUUGCCUGGAGAACAGGGAGUGGAGUGGCUCAGCGCCACGGUGUCAAGGUCCAAACACCUUCGACUCUCCUGAUUUUGUGGCUGGAGCCAUGGCCGAAUCACUUGCAGGAAUGAUGGAUGUACUUUCUCCAGACUUCAAAAAGAAAAAUGUUGUUCCAUCAUUUGGCCGAAGCUUCCUUGUGGGUGAAGUCAGUCGUAUGCACAUCUACAUCCUACUCGACACAUCGGGAAGCAUCAAGGAGAAGGACUUUAAUAAGUCCAGGAAUGCCACCAUCGCUCUGAUCAAAAAGCUCGACAGCUAUGAAGUCCAGUUGAAUUUCCAUGUGUUGUCAUUUGCCAGUGAAACUAAAGUCAUUGUAGACAUUACAAAUACAGAUGUAAGCGGCAAUGCUGAUGAGGUCAUAGAAGCUCUGAACAACUUUGUCUACAGCAGCCACGGGCGCAAAACGGGCACCAACUUGUCCUCCGCUCUCCAUAAUGUCCAGGGUACCAUGAACUUCUUAAGAGUGAACAGCACCACAAAACAUUUAGAAGGGACUCAGAACAUUAUCAUCAUAGAAACUGAUGGUUAUUCCAACAGAGGAGCCAAGCCUCAGAUCGCUUUGGCCCACAUCCGGAGCUCCCUGGGUUACACCAACAACACAUCUAAUGAUCACUCGAAUGAAAAAAUGUUAGAUGUCUAUGUAUUUGGUGUCGGAAGCAAGGUGAACAAAGAGGAGUUGAAUUCUCUGGCCUCGAAGAAACGUUAUGAGAAACAUUUUUUUGUUCUGGAGACCUAUGAGAAACUGGGAGACGUGUUCAACCAAAUCAUAAGUGACAGUAGUGUGACGAUGUGCGGGGUCGCUCAAGAAGAAAUCUCAAAAGACCUGGAGCAUUCUCAAAUCAAGAGCUACACCAGACCGUGGCAUGUGACUCUGUCAUCAGAAUGUUCUGGAUCAAUUGUAAGCCCAAACUGGGUGCUGACAGCUGCUCACUGCUUUGCCAGAAACAGCAAAGGCAGAGGCCCAAAGCAGCUGACCAUACAUUAUGGUGGUGAACAUGUGGAAUUCAACUAUAUAGUUCUACAUCCAAAGUAUGACGUCUACGCACUCAAACACAGAAAUGUGUCAGAGUUUUAUGACUAUGAUGUGGCUCUGGUACGGACCAUCCGCAGCAUCCCGCUGACCCAGAAGGCCAGACCAAUCUGCCUGCCGUGUACUAUAGCAGCCUCUCGAGCCAUGAAGAAAAUCAACUCCACCUGUGAGGAACACAGGAAGACGCUUCUGGAUCACGCAGAGACUCCUGCUUAUUUUAUCAGGAGGACAGAACGUAAACAAACACACAUCCACACAAACGGUCAGAGGGCUAGCUGUGUGGACAAGGCCAAGUGGUUGCUAAAAGAGCCCACGAAUGUGACUUUAGAUGAGUUUAUACCCGACAGAUUCCUCUGCACUGGAAGCACCGCAAAGUACCAUGGUGCCAUCGCCUGCAAAGGACAAUCUGGCGGAUCCCUGUUUUUGCAGAAAAGAAUGCGCUACUUUCAGGUGGGGGUGGUGAGCUGGGGCACCAUCGACAUGUGUGACAAUAUCAAAGAUGCUAACCCAGAACACAGCAUCGACCGCCCUCCUCCUGAAGCCCGAGACUUUUACAUCGACCUAUUCAAAAUACUGCCAUGGCUGAAAAAACACCUGGGGGAGGAGAUCAAGUUCCUGCCUGAGAUCAAAUGAGCAGAACCUGGAUCAGUCAGGGUUAAACACCAAAAUAAAACCACAAAAAAAAAAGAUAACCAAUUUAAUGGAAAGGCUUUAUGUCUUAUAGCAGUGAUUCUCAAAUAUUUUGGGUCUGGGGACCCCUAACAAGGCUGAAAAAAUUUCC